GAUCGAAGAGAACACAAAAGCGACCUUUCCAUUCUCCAAAAGAUCAUCAAAUCCAACUCCAGCUUCUCACAAAUUGUUCCUUAUAAGUAGUAUUAAUCAUCUUCUCUGCUUUCAACAUUCAACCUCAGAUUACUUCACCACCUUUGUUCUCUGAUCUCAUCAUCAUGGCUCACUUGGCGGUAUCACAGAUGGCUGUAACUGUUCCUGUUGGCAGUGAUUUGUCUAUCCGAAGAUCAGGGUUUAAGGCAUCUAGCUUCAGCUUUCAGGAUAAAUCAUGGGCACCGGCAUUUACUUUGGACUUGAAAGCAAACAGCUCCUUUGUAAGAAGUCGUCAGGUGAUAUGCCUGUCAGUGCCAGUGCAACAAGCGACUGGGCCCAAAGUUACUGUCUCCCCAUUAGAAUUGGAAGAAGCUCCCGAGCCUCCCUUGAACUUACACAAGCCUAAACAACCUUAUACAGCAACAAUUGUUUCUGUUGAGAGAAUAGUGGGACCAAAGGCUCCAGGGGAAACUUGUCAUAUUGUGAUUGAUCAUGAUGGAAAUGUUCCCUACUGGGAAGGACAGAGUUAUGGUGUUAUUCCACCAGGUGAAAAUCCGAAGAAACCUGGGAGUCCCCAUAAUGUUCGACUCUAUUCAAUUGCCUCCACAAGAUAUGGAGAUUCUUUUGAUGGCAAAACAGCUAGCUUGUGUGUGCGUCGAGCUGUUUAUUAUGAUCCUGAUACAGGAAAGGAAGAUCCCUCUAAGAAUGGUGUUUGUAGCAACUUCUUGUGUAACUCAAAGCCUGGAGACAAAGUUCAGGUAACAGGCCCUUCAGGGAAGGUAAUGCUUUUGCCUGAGGAUGACCCAAAUGCUACCCAUAUAAUGAUUGGGACCGGCACUGGUGUUGCUCCAUUUAGAGGCUAUCUUCGUCGAAUGUUCAUGGAAUCUGUCCCUACAUUCAAGUUUGGCGGACUAGCAUGGCUUUUCCUCGGUGUUGCCAACACUGAUAGUCUUCUCUAUCAUGAUGAAUUUACCAAAUACCUCAAGGAUUACCCAACCAACUUCCGCUACGAUAUAGCCCUUAGCAGAGAGCAGAAGAACAAGAAUGGUGGCAAAAUGUAUGUUCAGGAUAAGAUUGAGGAGUACAGUGAUGAAAUCUUCAAGCUCCUGGAUAACGGGGCCCACAUUUAUUUCUGUGGUCUGAGAGGGAUGAUGCCUGGGAUUCAAGAAACACUGAAAAGGGUUGCUGAUCAGAGAGGAGAAAAUUGGGAUGAGAAGCUCUCACAACUUAAGAAGAACAAGCAAUGGCAUGUGGAAGUUUACUGAGUUCUCUAGUGCAAAUGCUGAGUAGUUUCAUCUUUCUGAAAACUUUGAUAUUGUUUUAAUUAAUAAUCUUUAUUGAGCAGCUUGAGUUGCUGUAUGUGUUCUUUAUUAGCAGAUUACAAUGAAAUGUUGUCUUGAUGGAUACAAAUUUAAAAAACCAAGUCAUCGGUGGUGCUAUAGAGACAUUCUUGGGUAA